CGCGUCCCUAUUUUGCACACCCACCAUGGCCCCGUCUGGGGUCGAACGCUCCGGUUAUACCGUCAUGAUGUUCGUCUUGGACAUCUCCAAAGAAAUGGGACAUUCCAGAGUUGUCGAGCUACCGGAUGGUCCGCACGGUGAAAAACGUACCACGGAAAUCACGAACUUACAGUGGGCCCUGCAGUUCAUCAAACUGAAGAUCCAAGAGAUGAUAUACAACGGGAGGAAGACAGACCAAUGUGGUGUCAUUGUGUUCGGUGCCGAAGAAACAAAGAAUCUCAUUAAUACUCAGGCUGGUGGUUACGAGAACGUAGUCGAGUACAUUCCUAUUGGUACACCUAAUGCAGGUACACUCGCCAAGUUGGACAAGCUCGCUGCUUCGACCGUGUAUGGCGAUCCUCUUGAUGCUCUCAUAGUUGGUCUGGAAACACAAUCCCAAUAUCUCGGGAAGAAGAAUUGGACGCGUAAAAUCUACCUGAUAACCGAUGGACAAGGCCCGAUCGAGUUGGAAGAUUGGGAGUUGACGGCCGACAAGAUGAACCAAUGGAACGUCCAAACAUCAAUUAUCGGUGUGGAUUUUGACCAGGACGAUGAUGAUUACCACUUCAUUGAAGAAGAAAAAACCAACGAGAAGCGCCAAAAUGAGAAGUUCUUCCAAAUGCUUGCUGAGCGCCUUAAAGGAGCCCAUAUUGGAACUCUGGCUUUCGCAAUACAAGAAGUUGCUAGACCUGAAAUAAAAUCAUCUCGUUCUACGUUGACACCGACAGUCCUCUGUCUCGGAGACUCUGAAGGGAAACCUGAGGAAGCUUGGGAGAUACUUGUCAAAACGAGUAAAUGCACGGCCGUUACACGUCCAAAAAGUUUCAAGAAGUUCUAUGUUCGAAUAGACGAUGACAAGGAUGGGGCACAAGAAACGAUGCAUGUCGAUGAUGACGGCGAGAAAGAGUCUGUAUUCGUUCAAUUGAAAGCUCGGACGGAAUAUUAUGUAGAUCGGGAUGAAGCCAAGGAGGGUAAGGACGCUGACGGCGAUGUGAGUAUGAAGGAAGAGGAAGAAGAAGAGGUAGAUGAAUCGGGGAAGCCAAAGAAAGAUGUAUUAGAGAAGAUUGAAAAGGAGCAGUUGAUCAGGGGGUUCAAGUAUGGGACCUCGUACGCCCCAUGCCCCGAUGGGCAGUUCCGUCGCCUUCCAACUAAGAAAGGCAUUGAUAUUUGUGGGUUCUUCCCAGCCGAAAACUUCAGAAGAGAGCUAUCGAUGGGCGAGAUAUACUACGUCUGGGCCGACCCUGAGCGACCUCACCAACAAGUUGCGCUUUCUUCGCUGGUAGCGGCUAUGGAUGUCGAUGAAUCUGAAGGAGACACCAAAGGCAAGAAGCGCAAGCGACUGAUGGCUAUCACACGAUGGGUAACUCGAGAUGGAAUGGAUCCAAAGAUGGGCGUGCUGAUGCCUACGAUGUUCGAGAACGUUCAUUGUUUUCUUUGGGCUCAAAUGCCUUUCGCGGACGACGUUCGAAAGUACACCUUUGCGUCUUUGGAUCGCCUUGUAUCGAAAAAAGGAGAGGUCUUGACAGAACACCCAUACAUCCCUACCGAAGAACAGCAAGAGGCGAUGGAUGACUUUGUCGAUGCUAUGGACUUGAUGGAGGCAGGACCGAAAGACGAGGAUGGAAACCGCACGCCUUGGUUUUCCACCAUAGAGUCCUAUAAUCCCGCUCUACACCGCGUUAAACAAGCUCAGUUCCACUGUGCUAUCGUUGAUAACAUUGAGACCAAUCCUGUUCCUCCUCCCCACCCGGAGACGAUCCAAUUCUUCGAACCUCCCAACAAAGUCAUCAAGGCUUCCAAACAAGCGUUGGAAACGUGUCAGGAGAAGUUCAAGGUCAAACACAUACAAAAGGAAGCGAAAAGAGCCAGGAAAGAUGGCCACGUACAUGCAACGGCAGAUGACGACGACGUCCUUUUGCUCGACCGAAAGCCCUCAAAGCUUGCUCCAUCCCAAUCGCAAGUCAGAAUCACCAAGGACGUUGAGACAUCUCCCUCUUCUUCAAAGGGCAAGAAAAAGGCCCCCGUACAGGGCGAAGACAGUGCGACUGAAGAUGACAGCGACGAGGAGCUUUUGCUGGAGAAACGUUCUCCAGAUGAACCGAAGUCACUUCAACCCUUGCCAACGCCUGCACGGUCCCUCUCUCCCCCUUCUAAACGCCCCGGUAAUAAACCCAGAUCCAAGAAAGUUGAUGUGGAUAUGGACAGAGGGGUUGCUCCUGGUCGGAUUAUAGGCAAUACAUAUCCUCUUGAAGACUUUAAAGCCAAUACCGAGAAGGGUGAUGUGGUAACGAAGGCAGUAGAAGAUCUUGGAGCGGUGAUCGAAGAAGUCGUUUUCCGACCAUUCGCUCACAGGCGAACAGAAGAAAUGAUAGAAUGUAUGAAGUUGAUGAGGAAAACGGCUAUGGUUGAGGACGAAGUGGAUGCUUGGAAUAUAUUUUUGGAAAACUUGUAUGAGAAAUGUAUGGAUUCGAAACCUGGGAACAAGGAGUUUUGGGAUGAAGUUCGGAAGGUCGGACGAGAGCUCAGUUAUUUGAGUGAUAUUGAGGUCAAGAAAUAUGGUGGGAAGUCGACCAAGACCGAGAAUGAUGCGGCCGAGCUCAUGCGAUGAGAGGACGCCUUGAAGGUCUUGGAGGCAUACAAUACCCGCUUUCUUGUCUGUACUACUACUAGCUUAUCUUUCGCAGCUUAUAGCCGUCUAUUCUAACUAGUCUACCGUCACGACCCAAUACGUACGUCUGAGACUUUCGAUGUACUUGGAUAAUUCUUGCGUCGUUCCACUUUGACCCUGAUCCGGUCAUCAAGAUUUAUUUUUUCAUUCCGCUAUACUAUUGCUGCACAUCGUUGUCUUUUACAAAUGGCAUAACAG